UAUCCGCAGCCCGGAUGCGACGCACGCAAACUCGGGUACAUUUCCUUUGCCCAUCAUCGCUGUCGUGUAGCGACGCAGCGUGCUUCUCUCGACCAGCGCACUCGAGACGUAAUCGCCCACCGCCAACUACGACAUGGCCGCCGUGCUAAACAGCGCCUACGAGAAGGCCGAGGCCGCGGUUGCCGCCUUGCCCGAGCGUGUACAGCAAGUCUUCAACCUCGCCCAGGAGAAGACGGGCGUUCAGCGCGCCUACUUCAUGCUGGGCUUCGGCUUCUUCGCGGCGCUCUACUUCAUCUUCGGCUGCUUCGCCGAGCUGCUGUGCAACGCCGUGGGUCUACUCUAUCCCGCGUACGCCUCGACGCGGGCCAUCGAGUCGGCCGACAGGAACGACGACACUCGCUGGCUCACCUACUGGGUCGUGUACGCCUGCUUCUCGAUCCUGGACUUCUUCGCCGACGGCAUACUAAGCUUCUUCCCCUUCUACUGGCUCGCCAAGGUAGUCUUCCUCGUAUACUGCUUCCUGCCUGCCCAUUCCAACGGCUCCACGCGCAUCUACAACAGCCUGAUUCGCCCAUACUUCCUCAAGAGCAGCGGGCAGAUCGACACCGCCUACGCGAGGAUGGCUGCUAAAGCGUCCUCUGCCCUCGGAGACGCUUUCAAGCAACAGUGAGACGUUGAUGCGAUGUGAAGUUCUCGUUGUGAUAUGUUUGGGGUGAGCAAGAGGCUGUGUGGCAUCGUGGUGACUAUCGUUCUUUCUGAGGCUGGUUGCGUAGUUCGGCGAACAGGAGAGGCGACUGCUUAUCUUCUGCGCGGUACUCGGGUUUAGAUCAAAGUGCGAAUUGUCACGUCCUGGCUGCUAGAGAAGAGCUACGUUCAAAUCAUGGACGAACUUUAUCGCGCUCCUUCUUGUGAUCAAAACGGGAAGCUGAUUGUUAUAUGGCAUUACUAUGUGGACGUGGUUCUAUUCUGUUACAGCGUGCUUUUCGUUUCGAGUGAAAAGUUCUUUGCUGUGCAGAAAAUGUUUAAUGAAAGU